AUGAUAAGACGAUCCGCCUUUCUCCAGAGCCGCCUUGCUUUUCCCCUGCAUUUCCCUCACCUUCUCCCUAACCCCACCAUCGUUGGCCGCCAUCAGCCGCCUUACCGCUGCCUCUAUCUCCUCCGCCCCCACAAUAUUCUCCGGCGACGAGCCCUCCCCGGAAAAAAGAUCCUUCCUAUAAUCUAUCCUAAUCGGCUCCGCAAUUCCGAGCUCCCUCACCAGCAAAAACGCGUUCAUCUGCUGCUCCGCGCGCAAUGGGAGCGUGGCCAUGGGCACGCCGUGCCAUAUGCUCUCGAGCGUCGAUGCGAAACGAAACCCCCGACCGCCACGUGGGCAAGCACCGCCACCUGUGGGGCCCACCCCAUCACCUUCCCGACCGUCGAAGUCCGUUCCAAGAACCCUUCUGGAAGGACCUUCCCGAAAUCCUCGUACUCGGUCGGGGGAACGAACACCCCACCGGGCUUACCUGGGCCGCCGGGCUUCCUCAGCGACCAGAUGAAUCGGGCCCCACUAUGUUCCAAGCCCGCCGCGAUCUCCGCCACCUGGGCCCGGUCGAAGCUCCCCAUCGUCCCGAAGCAGAGGAACACCACCGACCUGUCCGGCUGCCUGUCGAGCCACUCCUUCAACUCGCCAUCUAGGCACCGGGCCCACCGGGUACACCCUCGGCAUCCUCCUGUCGUUUUUUAUGGACUCGAGCGCGAAGGGCUCGAGCCCUUCGAAUGUGUUGACCAUGACCCCCCUCGUGUCCACCACUCUCUUGAAGUAGCCGAGGGCAGUAGAGAAAACUGGGCUGCCCGAGACGAUGUUGGCGGGCAGCACUUUAGCCGGAACAGGGCUCGAAAAGCAGGGGACGGGCAGGUCGAGGCUCGAGUCCUUGUACCGGGUGAGGUCUUCGCCUUUUUCGAAUUUGAGGGAGACGAGGUAGUUGAAGAGGCCGAGUGCAGACGCGCCCGACGUGAAGUAGACGUAAGACGGGAGGCCGAGCUCAUCUCCUAUCUCGGUGAAGACGGUGCAGAACAUGUCGAGGACGAGGCCCGAGACAAGAGAGCCCAUUUGCCCGGCCCGACGGGAGAUGAGGCCCGAGACGGCUUCCUUGACGUGGGUCUCGCGGGUGUUGAUAAAGUCAAUCAUGGGUAUGCGGUCGGGGGAUGGCGCGAAGUCGUGGUUAGGGAGGUGGGUUAG